AUCCAAAUUGAAGGCAGACCAAUAGGGCAUGGCCGAAGGCAGAAGCAGAAGCCAGGCCCUGAUUCAAUGAUCUGCCUUUGACGAUGGCGACGCCUUCCCUUCAAUAAUCCCCAUCCCCCCAUAGCCAUUGCCAUUGCCAUUGCCAAUCAACUCUUGUUCCAUUCAACUAUAAAACCCGUGUUUCUCCUUCUUUCUUCUUCCUCCAGAUCCUCUCGAAUUUCAAACAUUGGUGUUCAAUUGGCGGUGGUGGAUGGCAAAAACCAACAAGUAUUCCUCCAUCAAUUUCAAUCACAUCUACGACAAGAAUCUCUCCUCCUCCAAUUCCAAAACUGGCAACAAUCCCGGGGCUAAGAAUCCCUCUUCCGCGCCUUCCUCCUCCUUCGCCUCUGCAACCUAUUCCUCCAUUUCUUCCCCUAACAAGUCCCAUGGCCGCAUGCUCGUCCUGACCCGCCCAACCCCCAAACCCAUCACCUCGCCGCCGACCCAACCCCGAUCCCCGCCCACCGAUCACACCCGCCCUCAAUCCGAUUCCGACGCCAUCUCUCUUCGCCCUCUCGGUCGGACCGGUACGUCUCCGAUUCCGAGCGCUGAGAAGGACAAGGAGAUUCCUCCGCCUGUGACGUUGCAUAAGCCGGAGAAAUUUGUUCCGCCCCAUCUCAGGGCCGGUUUCGUCGGGAAGGAGGAGAGGCCUGUGAACGUGGGGAUCCGAUCUAGGGAGGCGAAUCAGAGGCAGUACGGGAACUACGGGCCUCCGAGCCGGUACGGCGAAGAUGGGCGGCCCAAGUCCGGGGGUGGGUACGAGAGGAUGGGAGGGGCCGGUGGGGCGGGGCCGAUGAUGAAUCGGCCAAGAUCCAGUGGGAAUCGCCCGAGUUCUAGCGGAUGAUUCAUUCUGAAGUUGGAUACUUUUCCAAGGAAGAAGAUGGAUUACUUUUGAAGCACAGCUUUGCUGACGAGCACCCAUCUUUUUCUCCUUCUGGAAUCAGCAUUCGUCAAUCAGAAGUUUUAUUUUUUAGAAUUCUUAGUCAUGGAAGAUUAAACAUACACCAAGGUGACAUAUCACAACAAUGAAGUAACAUACUUCAGAUUCAGAUUCAGAUUCAGAUUGUUAUACCCCAAGAAAGUGAAGUUUCAGCAUCCAAUCCCUUUACUGAUUGGUAGUUUGCCUUCACCCUCUUCUGCAUUUAUGGAAGAGACUGAAGGUUGUUUUGGAAUGUAGAACUGACCAGUGUUAUGCGUCGCCAUCGUCGUUAACUGCUUUUAGAGGCUUAGCAUCUCGUGUGGAGGAUGCUGCUGUGUUUUUUUUGUUCAUUUUUCAUCUCUCAGUUUGUGAAGAUCAGUUUGUAAAAUAAAGGUUCUUCUUGUGUAUUAGGUUUCUUUCAGUUUGUCACGGUCUACAAUUGUAUUUCAUUGUUGAAUUCUUCCUGUGGAAGCUGAAUCAAAGGGCCAUUCUAAUGCAA